AUGGCAGACGUCGAAGUAAGGUCAGCUUCUGAGCUAGAAACCUCGAGUUCCAAUAAGGACGAACUCGUUUCGCGGCUUGAUGAUCUGCUUGAACGAUAUCUUCUCACGCUAGAUGCCUAUCAGAAAGCACAGCAGCAGCUGACAAGGCACCUGUCUUCUGGCUAUUUGGAUUUGGCAAGGGCCAACUUCACAAACAAUGCACGCGCUCGAUAUGGGCAGGACUACUACGACGAGCGAAUGCAGGCUUCGCGAAAGAUCGCAGUAACUGAAGAAGAAGGCAACGCCAUAUUCUCCAUAGAGUGUUCAGUCAAAGAGUCGAAAGCCAAGACUGAGGAAUCCUCGUCACCAGACGCCGACUCUGCUGCAACCAAGGAGACCGGUCCUAGCGCAGAAGCAGAUACGGAUGGCGAAAAAGACUCGACCACAUCAGAUAAGCCCGCUUCAAAGGCUGACGAUCCGACGGAGAAGGACGAGGAGAAGAAGUCACCCUCAAACGAUCCCAUUAGGUGGUUCGGUGUCCUUGUGCCACCUGCCCUACGCUCAGCUCAAGCAUCUUUUGUAUCUGCUGUUGAAGGACCUGUUGUUGAGAUCUCGAAUUUGGUAAAAGAGUUGAGACAACAGGAGAUCGAGAUCGGGAGGGUUAGGAAGCAGAUCAAGAAGUUGUAG